CUCAGACCAGUAAACUCUGAUUGGGCAGGAUGUUACCAGUGGGAACACAGUGGAGAUUGGCAGUCUCUGUGGCCUCUUCCUCCCCAAUUAAAAAUCUGCGAUGUGUGAGAACAGUAAGAACUUGGAGCAGGGACAGUCAGCAUUUUUCUGCCUUUGGCCAUGCUGGAAUCCUCAGAAGGUCCAAGAGAGUCCAAUAGUGCAGUCAGCAGUUUCAUCAUGUGUCUUGGCUUCUCUAUUCCAUGUGAAGUAAAACGAAUGCCUGACUGAUUCCAUUUAGAAUGUUGAAGCUACACAUAAUGAGUGUUAACAUACCGUGUUUGGUUAGUCACAAUCGAAGAGCUUUUACGACAUUGAAGACACAAUUAAGAUCAUUCUUCGCAAGUAGUAAAACAUGUAACCCUAAGAAUUUCAAGGACUAUGAAUCUAUCAAACAGGAAUACAAACCAGAAGUGCCAGAAUACUUCAAUUUUGCAAAUGAUGUCCUUGAUAAAUGGAGUGGAAUUGAAAAGGCUGAAAACAGAGGUUCAAAUCCUGCCUUCUGGUGGCUGAGUGAAUAUGGGCAAGAAGUGAAAUGGAGCUUCCAGGACCUCGAAGUUCAUUCUAAGAAAGUGGCCAAUGUCCUGUCAGAUGCUUGUGAUCUACAAUUAAAGGAUCGAGUUCUUGUUGUCCUGCCCAGAGUUCCAGAAUGGUGGCUUAUAAACAUAGCAUGCAUCAGAACAGGUACUAUACUGAUCCCUGGCACGACCCAGUUAACAGCCAGAGAUAUUUUACACAGGCUUCAAGCCUCCAAAGCAAAAUGCAUUGUUACAGAUGACAGCCUGGCAGAUGCAGUAGAAUCAGUGGCGUCCAAGUGCACUUCCCUCAAAGCAAAGAUAGUUGUAUCAAAAAAACAUAAACAGGGAUGGAUAAACUUCCAGGACCUUUUCCGAAAUGCAUCAGAUAACCACAGAUGUGCAAAAACCAAGAGCGUGGACCCGAUGGCUAUUUUCUUUACCAGUGGAUCUACAGGACCUCCAAAAAUGGUCCUACAUACUCAAUGCAGUUAUGGAAUAGGCCAUACAAUGAAUGGAAGGUCAGAGACUAAUUCAAUUAAUCUGGAGUACUGGUUGGAUCUCACUCCCUCUGAUGUGAUAUGGAAUACCUCAGACACUGGCUGGGCUAAGAAUGCAUGGAACAGCUUCUUCGCACCUUGGAUUCAAGGAGCCUGUGCUUUUGUCCAUCAGAUGCCACGGUUUGAACCCAAAAUCAUAUUGGAAGUUUUAUCCAAGUACCCAAUAACAACUUUCUGUUGUCCACCCACUGCAUAUCGUAUGCUUGUACAGAAUGAUCUUACCAGUUACAGAUUCAGAAGCCUCCAGCACUGUGUAACUGGUGGUGAGCCCAGCAGCCCUGAGGUAAUGGCCAAAUGGAAAGAAGAGACAGGCUUAGACAUCUAUGAAGGAUAUGGCCAGAGUGAAACCGUCUUGCUCUGUGCAACACUCAAAGGCAUGAAAAUUAAACCUGGUUCAAUGGGAAAGCCAGUUCCAUCAAUUAACGUGCAAAUUAUUGAUGAAAAUCACAAUGUGGUUCCGCCUGGAGUGGAAGGUCAAAUUGCUAUUCAAAUGAAGCCUGUUAGACCUCUUGGCCUCUUUUCUGGAUACAUUGCUGAUCCAGAACAAACUGCUGCAGUUCUACAAGAAGACUAUUAUCUGACUGGAGACUGUGGGCGAAUGGAUGAGGAUGGAUACAUCUGGUUUCACGAAAGAUCAGAUGAUGUAAUUUUAUCAGCUGGGUAUCGUAUUGGACCAUUCGAAGUCGAAAAUGCACUGGCAACACAUCGAGCUGUGGCAGAUUGUGCUGUGGUUAGCAGUCCUGAUCCUAUUAGAGGAGAGGUUGUGAAGGCAUUUAUUGUUCAAAAUGCUGCAUAUACCUUGGCUGAUCCUGACAAGUUAAUCCAAGAAUUACAAGAUCAUGUCAAGAAAGUCACAGCACCAUAUAAAUAUCCAAGGAAGAUUGAAUUUGUGAAGGAACUGCCCAAGACUAUUAGUGGGAAAGUGAAAAGAAGUGAGCUACGAAAGAAAGAAUGGGGACAAAGCUAAGGCCUAAAUCAUUCUUGUACAACGUCAUAGAAUAGAAUCGAUAAAAAGGCAACAAUUUUAAUUUGAUUAAUGAUCUUAAAAUAAUGCGAGUUACAUGAUUACUGAUUGAUAUAAGGCAUAACAUAAAAUGGAUUUUGUUCAAAAUAAUAAAAGAGGAAUUUAUUGUGAA